AUGACGGCCCGCGAGCGAAUAGCGGCUGCUCAGCGGCGUGCCCAACAAAAGCUUGAGGAGCAGCGGAAGGAACAGGAACGGAGUCUAGUCCAUGGAGGCCUUUCAUCUUCCAGUGCAUUUGCUGCUGAACUGCAGAAAUCUCCCGAAGACGAAGAUCAGCCCGAGUCGCUCGCCCAACGUAACCCAACGCACAUGGCACAAGUCCUCAACCCAAAUCCUUCUGCUCGCGCACGAUGGCAGCGCCGCAUGGUCAUCCGCCACAUCAGACAUGGAGGGCGGCUCAACAAAGAAAUGAAGAUUGCUCGGACGGAACGGAAUCAUCUUCUCCGGUCACACUUUUUCAAGACUUCGAUGAAGAAGCUUGCGCCUUUGGCUCGACAGAUUGCUGGCAAAUCCAUCGACGAGGCAAUUCUCCAAAUGAGAUUCUCCAAGAAGAAGGUGGCCCAGGAAGUCCGACAGCAUUUGAUUCAGGCCCGCAACGAGGCCAUCGUCAUGAAAGGAAUGGGUUUGAAACCUGACUCGACACAGCAAGAUGCAGCUGCCGGCGAAGAUCCCAGCGAGACCAGACCUUUGCCGCAUCAAACACCCUUGAAGACGUACAAGAAAGGCCAUGCUCCACAUGAAACGGACAUUUACGUUGCUGAAGCAUGGACUAAUCGUGGCCCCUAUGGUGCAGAGCUAGAAUUUCGAGCUCGGGGACGAACAAAUGUGCUCCACCCGCCUUACACAGGCAUUAGUGUGUUGCUCAAGGAAGAGAAAACAAGAAUGCGACAAGCCGCGGAGAAAGAAGCCAAAUCGUUGAGGAAGCGGAUGGGGAAGAAUAUGUGGGUUCAUCUUCCAGAUCGAAAGAUUACGACUCAGCGUCAACAUUUGUUGUGGUAA